UUAAUUUGUUUGUGUAAAAUCGUUAUUUUAUUAUUAUUAUUUAAGUGAAUUAUUCGAAUAUUCAUUGAAAUAACAUCAACAAUAUCUUCAAACAAAGUGAUCAAUUUCCAAAAAUCCGAUUAGUGUGAUUGAUUUCGUUUGUGGAAUUAAAAAGUUUCGCAUAAAAAAACUGUUGUUGAUAGAUGGCGAUUGCGUAGUUUUACGUCACGUUCUAGUGGAGUGUUUAUUUUGAACAAUUGUGUGAAGUAUUUUGAGAUGGAGCCUGUCACUUAUACCUCGUUUAGGACUGUUUCGGAGGUGGACCUUAGGGAAGAUUUUACCCCAGUGAAUGAUUAUAACACAUCGUUUGCUGACAUCGUCUGGUCAGCGCUCAGUACCACCACAAUAUUCUUGAUCAUUAUUUUUAUGGUCACUUGUAUCAGAGUAGUUAUUAUGGGGCAAAAAACGCGCAGUCCGCAGCAGAGGCGAAUGUAUGUGGGGUCUCGGGCCCGACCGUCUCUGGGCCAAGCAGAGCCGUCUAUAUUCGUCAGCCCUUCUAACCUGCCACCGCCACCCAAAUAUGAAUGCAUGGCCCCACCCAGUUACGAAGAGGUAGUGGGCGUACACUACCCGAACUACCAAGUGCAGCCAAUCACACAACCAAUCACAACAGCGCUAGCACAGACGUCUACCGACACAACGACAAGACCAGAAACCAGAAGUAACGAGACAGUUGUCAGGAAUAACGAUGAGACUAUCGUUACUGUAGUCAGCACGCCGCGAGUAGCAACUACCAGCUCGUGAUAAUACCGUUAUCGUUAAUUUAAUGUAUCAAGUCUUCCAGUUAAGCUGGCAGGUCAGGGCUAUGCAUUUAAAGUUUACUAGUCUGAACGUUUUCGUGAUGUGAUGUUAGGAAAGUUGUGAAAAUGGAUGAACUGUAUACAGACGCUUUGUAAUCUACAACUAGUUAGGAAGUCGUUGGUAACGCAACUACUUCAAUAACGGAACGUAAAACUGUUACCGUUAUUUGUGUAACGAUGGUCGUUAUUUUUGUAACAAGAUAUUGUUACGUUAUAUAAAUUUUUAUUCCUUGUUAUUAAAAAUGUAGGACCAAAACGUUAUUGUUUAAAGCGAUUGUGUUAUUUUAUAUUUUUUUACCAAAAAUAUUCCGUCUUUAUAGAGGACGCAAGACUGAGUGUGAUUGGUAAAAAGAAUCACGAAAAUCAUUGUAUUGUUAUGUAAUUGGUUCAAUAAUUCGAGAUAACGAUGGAAUUAUUGAAACAAUAUUCGAUUGAUCAAAGUGUUGAGUGUUGGAUCAAACAUUUGUCACACAUUUAUUGGACGAACACGUUUGGCCAACAUUCAAGAUGAAUUAUGUAUAUAUUUGGAUGUACCUAUAAUCGUUAUAUUUUAAAUAUAAAAUAUAAAUUUAAUUUAGAGUAAGCAA